AUACCAUGUUGAACCUCAGAGAAGAAGGAACCUUUCUUCUGAAUAUCCCAACCAACACGGAACUUAUUAAGGUUACACUAGCAAUGCUAACCAGCUGUGUGGCUAGCCGGGUUACUGUCGACAGUUAUUCACCUUGCUUUCUCACAAGUUAGCUUUCACUGUAAUUUACCUAACUACUACAUAGCUGCAUGACAGUGACAUUGAUGUCUAUGUGUUACGGUUUUGUGAAAUAUUCAUGCUGCUGAGGUGCUAAAAAUGAGAGAAGGAGUGUGUGUCAAGUGACUCAGCUCUUGUGUCGCCAUGGAGAAACCCUGGAGGCUGUGGGGGGCAGUGGAGCGUUGUACCCUGACUCUGGCCUCCUGGUCCUGGGGUGCUUGUCGAGUGUCCCUGUUGGCCCUCAUCCUCACCUUCCACCUCUACGGAGGAUUCUUUCUCCUAGCUCUUAUCCUAGCGUCUGUGGCCGGCAUCCUCUACAAGUUUCAGGAUGUGCUUCUCUACUUUCCUGACCAACCCUCCUCCUCGCGACUUUACGUUCCCAUGCCAACAGGAAUCCCUCAUGAGAAUGUGUACAUUCGCACCAAAGAUGGUGUGAAGCUUAAUCUCAUCCUCCUUCGCUACACAGGAGGCGACACACCUCCUGGGGCCACCUCUGGCAAUCAGAGCAGCCCCGCAUCCUCUGCUCCACCUACCAUCCUUUAUUUCCACGGUAACGCAGGUAAUAUUGGACACAGGGUGCCAAACGCCCUGCUCAUGCUGGUCAAUCUGAAAGCUAACGUGGUGCUGGUGGACUACCGUGGAUAUGGAAAGAGUGAGGGGGAGCCCUGCGAGGAUGGGCUGUACCUGGAUGCAGAGGCCGCACUGGACUAUGUCAUGACCCGUCCUGAUCUGGACAAGACAAAGGUGGUAUUGUUUGGCCGCUCACUGGGGGGUGCUGUGGCUGUGCGCUUGGCAUCAGUCAACCCUCACCGCGUAGCUGCCGUUAUUGUUGAAAACACCUUCCUCAGCAUCCCCCACAUGGCAGCGACUCUCUUCUCCUUCAUGCCCAUGCGCUUGCUUCCCUUGUGGUGCUAUAGGAAUCAGUUCCUGUCCUAUCGACAGAUGGCGCUGUGCCGCAUGCCUUCGCUGUUUGUGUCUGGCCUGUCAGACCAGCUCAUCCCACCAGUCAUGAUGAAACAACUGUAUGAGCUGUCCCCUGCGCGGACUAAACGCCUGGCCAUCUUUCCAGAGGGCACACACAACGACACGUGGCAGUGUCAGGGCUACUUCGCUGCUUUGGAGCAGUUCAUGAAAGAACUGCUGAAGAGCCACGCCCACGAGGAGAGUGCUCAGCCCUCAUCGAGUGUAACCAUCAUCUGAAAUGAGCAGUCAGGGACGACUGACUACAGAUUAUAGGAUGGAGGAAGUGACGGCUGUCACAGGAAUUGAUUGGAUGUACUUUUCUCAUUUUUUCGAAAAGAAUGUACCUUUUUAUGCUUGUGUGGGUUUCUAUAUUAUUUCACUCUUUCUACCUUUUCACUUUAUGUAAAUAUAAAAUUUGUUUAAAUAAUCUGACUAUUUUAAGGUUUUAAUAGAGGGUAACAAUUCCCCUCAUGGGUUAUUUUGUGUUGCAGCUAUGAAUGCAUGAAUUUAUGACUUUCAAUGAAUGAUGCCAGAUCAUACAUGCCCAUCCUGCAAGACACAUCACUACCACAAGCAUCUGUAAUGGGUCUACUGAAAUGAAAUCAUCCACUGAAACAAUUUCAAUAAUAUUAUAGGAAGAUAAACAAUAUUACAGUAAAAACUGAUUACUACUGGAAAUUGAAUUAACCUUCUCGUAUUCAAAAUAAAACACUGGUGAUAUGUAGGCCUAUACUGUAUAUAUCUCUGUUAAUACAUUAAAUUGUACAUCUUCUGA